UGUCUGAAACCCAUCAAGAGUAGAUAGGGGUGAAUGGGGAAGGGAAGGACAGAGCAUUCCACAUUUCUGUGCACCAGGGGGUUGAACAGUCAGAGCUUGUGAGGCAGCUUCUGUGCAACCCAGUCAUCUGAGAGAGAACCCAGCUGACAUGGACAGCCUCUUGAUGAAGAGGAAGCUCUUCCUCUACAAUUUCAAGAACCUGCGCUGGGCCAAAGGCCGUCGUGAAACCUACCUCUGUUAUGUUGUGAAGCGCCGUGACAGUGCUACAUCGUGCUCCCUGGACUUUGGAUACCUGCGUAACAAGAUGGGUUGCCAUGUGGAGGUUCUCUUCCUACGCUACAUCUCAGCUUGGGACUUGGACCCAGGCCGCUGCUACCGCAUCACAUGGUUCACCUCCUGGAGCCCCUGUUAUGACUGCGCCCGACACGUGGCUGACUUCCUUCGUGCCUACCCAAACUUGACCCUGCGCAUUUUCACUGCCCGCCUUUACUUCUGUGAGGAUCGCAAAGCAGAGCCUGAGGGGCUGAGACGCCUGCACCGGGCUGGAGCCCAAAUCGCCAUCAUGACAUUCAAAGAUUUCUUCUAUUGCUGGAACACAUUUGUGGAGAACAGGGAAAAGACAUUCAAAGCCUGGGAAGGGCUGCAUGAAAACUCUGUCCAUCUGUCCAGGAAACUUCGACGGAUCCUUCUGCCACUGUAUGAAGUAGAUGAUUUACGAGAUGCCUUUAAAACUCUGGGACUUUGAAGUGGAAGACAUCAGCAAUGAGAAGACUUCACAAGCAUUUGUACUUUGAUAUUCAAUUCUCUCCCUCACAGUGUAUCUUUGUCUUCUUCCUUCUUUCCAUCUCUCUUUCUUCCAGCCCUAUGUCCAAACAUAAGACCUUUCAUACUUUUCUGUCCUAACAGCGAGAUUGAAAAGCUCUCAUGAGAGUAAUGAACUGAGUCCUGAACACCUCAUUUGAAACCAGCAAAUCUUCUAAGUGGUUUGUGUGCAGAUCUAGGCCUUUUUGCCCAGAAUGAAGGGAGCUUGAAUAGCUGUGGGUCCAGAUUUUGUUCCCUAUGACAGAUUGAGACAAUAAAAGCUUAAAAUGAAAGCAAAAGAUUUUCCGUCCAACGUUUUCAAGUGUGAGCUGCAGAAAUACGAGCUACUACACUGAGAGCAGUGGCAGCUCCACAUCAGUGCUGAUCAUUGUACAGACCUCUCACCCAACCAAGAAAGGAGCCUCCAAAGCAUUUCACUAUGGCAGUGUUUUUCCAGCAUAUAUCUACCAGAAUACACACUUCAUUUCUAAUCUGUAUCAUCCCUCAGAUUUAUAGGUUGAGACUGUAGCAUUUUAGAUGUUUUUUUGGCAUCCACAUCAGGCACCAUCUGUUUCAUGACACUGCAAGGAAGAGCAGUGCAAGUCUCACUAACAGAGUACUUCCCAGUCACAGAGCAUUUCUUACUAGAUCAGACCUGCAAUAUGCUUCAUCCCUAGGCAAUUGUCCUCUGUUGGAGGCACCCUGCUUGUUCCAGUUUUACUUGGAAUUAUGUGAGUUCUUUCGAGUAUGGCUUAUAUGACAGAAGGCUUUGGCCUGUGUACUGUGUUUAAAAGCUUGGCAAUUUUGAAAGAUUUACUCUCUGAGUUAAUUUGGUUACUCAAAACUAACAGUUUUAUAGUUUCUUACCUAUUUGACAGAACCCAUUUUCACAGGAGGGUUGGACUAUAUGAUCUCCAGAGGCCACUACCAACCCAUACAAUUCUGUGAUUCUUGAAAUGCCAGGUUAGAAAGCAGCUGGAAAUGAUUGCUAUAAUUGUUUCUCUGUCAUUAUCCACAAGCAGGGAAUGAAAUUGUGAUUUUUGAGAUACAGUCCUCUGUCUUUAAGAGCUUUUUGUUGACUAUAAUACAUCUAGAUAUGGCUAGCUGGUGAUUAGAAAGAACUGACCAGAAAAAAACAACCACCAUGAGUGAAGCUGCACAGCUCAUAGAUGUCUUCUGUAGGGACAAAACCAAAAGAUCUUCCUUCCUGAUAUUGACUGUGUUUUCCUUAAGGGACCCAAUUAGUAUCUGGUUCUGUGGACAGUCUUUACUAAGUUGAAAAUAUUGGUUCACUGUUCACACCAACUCCCUGGAUUGCAGAUGGACUAUCCUCUUCAGUUUAACUUCUUCAGGCUUUCCCAGGGCUAACAGUGUGUCUCAUACUCUGAAGGUGCUCUGUCUUUUCCUUCAUGAUUGCUGUGAGUUCUCUGCUCCAUCCUGUUCUUCUUUCUGAGCAUGGCCAAUGUUCCUAUGCUGCUCCUAACGUCUCCUACAGUGAUGGGCCAGCAGCAAGACAGUGCACAGGGCACUCAUCGCCCACAGUGCCUCUUGCUCUGUCAGAGCUGGGUGCAACACAAGCUUCCUACAACUUCUGACUUCCGAUGAGCUCUCAUUUUGAGGAAUUUGGACCAAGAACAGCAGUGAGAGAUCUUUGUGAAGCAUUAAUUUGCAGAUGUGGUGCUAUUUUUUGGAUAGCAUAUUAUUUAUAUUUAAAAAGUCUUGCAAAAGAGCACUUUUUUUUUGUCAUUGUUUUUGUAACAAUUCAAGAGAAAAGUAAAAAUCAACACAGAAUACUGGCAUGUAAUCUAUCCUGUUUGAUUUCUACAGAGAGAAACUGGCACUAUCCUGUUAGACUGUCUUUAUGCUUUUUUCCUUUUAACUGUUGAUCUGUUGACAGUGUCACCCAGAAAAUCAAGGUUGGUAAAGUCUUCAGGCCAUAGCUGACUUGGAAAUAUUACCAAAAAUCAGUCAUGUAAAUAUUGUAAAUAUUAAAGUUGUGCAAGAUUCUUCAUCUGUUGAUUACUAGCUCCUCCAAAUUUAUGACUCCUAAUUGACCAAACUGGACACAGCAGUGUUGAAUCAACACAUAAUGUGAAACAAGAGGUGUAGAAGAAGUCAAAAAAGGAUUUCUGUCUUCCAUCUUCUGGUUUGACCUAUCCAACACCAAUGUCCUUCAGAAUAAAGUUGCUGGACAACAAUUAGAAAAAGUAGCAUUUUCUAAUAAUGCAGUUGAGAUACUAUUUUUUACUGAACUUCUAUCAAACAAAGUUUAACUCAAAGAUAUGUAUUGAAAUAUGAAAAUUGGUGUUGUUAUACA